AGAGAGUGUGAAAAGGCCGAGGCGGAAGUGACGCACGCGGCAGCUCCGGAAGUGGGGUAGCCGGCUGCAAGAGGCCGAACGAUGGCAAAGGUCACCUUCAAGAUCACGCUCACUUCGGACCCGCGCCUGCCUUACAAAGUGUUAAGUGUGCCUGAAAACACGCCUUUCACUGCCGUCUUGAAGUUUGCUGCAGAAGAAUUCAAAGUCCCUGCAGCUACAAGUGCCAUUUUAACAAACGAUGGAAUAGGAAUAAACCCUGAUCAGACAGCUGGGAAUGUUUUCCUGAAACAUGGCUCAGAAUUGCGGAUUAUUCCCAGAGAUCGUGUGGGAAGAUACUGGCACAUGCAGGGGCCACAUACACUUAGAUAACAGAACCAGCGGGCAAAUACAUCAACCGGCAUGUCAUCCAAGAAUUUUGCAUACCUUGCAUUUCUGUAUAAAAUCAUUGUUACCACAGUGAACUCAUGAUAAGGAGCCAGAAUGUCAUUUUUGAACAAUUAUCUAGAGGAGAAUCUCAUCACCGCUACCAUGUCUGCCUUCUUUUUUUGAAGCCUGUAGGCUUGUUUGCUUUCUGAGUUCCCCAGUUCACUUGGCGCAGACAUUGCUACCAAACGGAUGGUGUUUCCUGUUUCUUUGAAAUGAAAUGGAAAGCAUUUUCUUGUGUUUACCAGCAGUGGGACAACAGCUACUUUUGCAGCCAAAGCAAAGCAGUUCAUUAAUACAUUGACAAAAUAUUAAUUUGGUUUACACAAUGUAAUCAUGUAUUUGAAUAUUAUGAAAAGUAUCAUGGCACAUACCUCCAAUGUUUGCUAAAAGUUUGUGUAACUAUUAGGAAUCCUUUAUUACAUUCCAAGAAAAAAGGCCAUUUAAAUAGCAUGUUAUCAUUGUGGAUGCUUAUAUGCUUAAAUUGUGCUAAUGUUGGUUCCUUGAAAUCGUUAAGAUUUGUUAUGUAAUCUAUAGUUUCAGGAGAGAUGUCUUUAUAUGGAAAUGCAUUUUACCACGGAUAAUAAAUUAUAUUUCCGAGCCCCACUGGCACAAAACAUAAAACCUGCUCCCUAUUUCAUGAGAGUUUUCAAAAUGCCAGAGAGGCUCUGGUAGCUGGUUCCCACUAAUCUUUAGGCUUGUGUGGGUUCAGAUUUAAACCUUUCAAUGUGUUUCUUUUAUUUUCCCGAUUUUUGAGUAAAGUCUGCUGUAGAGCUGCAUAUUAGCUGAUGGGAUUUAUUGUUAAUUGAAAGCCAUGAGCAUGCUUAUAGAGUCCUUACCCCUAACAUCACUUGACGUUUUGUUUUUGGAAGUAAAAUAAAGUGUCCGUUAGCAACUAAA